UGUGUGUGUAUGUGUGGCUCACCAAACUGGGGCCUCAGUCAGGGCUUGGUCAGCAGGGUGGUUGGGAAGCUGGCCUUUUCACGGCCAUCCUUUUGCAUUCGAGGGCCGAGGUUCAUCGAUGUUCUGCCGCUUUGUAUCGAGAUUCCUUGAAGAGUGGUAUUGGUACCUUCAGCUUCACUUCAGAUGCGUCAUUGUGGACCUCCUCAUGCCCCUCCUCCGCCUCCCCUCUUCCUGCUGGUCAGCCAGAUCAUGUUCGCAGGGGCGCAUUCCGUUGCCCCUCGUGGGUGCCAGCCGUGCUCUCCUCCCCAGAUGAAGGUGUCCGACGGCAAGGUCCAGUUCUGGGCGCGGACCUCCCUGCCAGCCCCCGACACUUGGGAGCGAUGCUGGCACGCCGAGACCGACCUGCCAAGCUCCUUCGUCGACGACAGGCCCGUGAACCCGUUCAGCCGGAGCGUGCCGGUGCUGGGCAUGAAGCCCGCGAAGGAGCCCGGCGACCGGUUCGAGCUGAACCUGUCGCCCACGGAGCAGGUGCGCUUCUCCGUGGAGAACAGGUCACGACUCCGGUCGAUUCUGCUGGAGGACCGGGGUGGCGGCUCCGGGGGCGGCGGCGGCCACGACGUGGUGGUGACGGUCACGAAGUGGGCCACGGCGCCGCUGGGCAAAGGCACGUUCGACCCCGCGAGCCUGGGCUGCGCCGACCUGCACGUGCCCGGCCGCGAGGUGAACCGCUGGCUCGAGCGCUGGGCGCUGCUGCGGGUGUUCCUUCCCGGCCCGCCGAGCGGCGGGAAGGACCCCGACCCCGCCAGACUGCUGCAGGGCGCCUCCGGGGCCAAGGAGCUGCCGGAGCUGUACGCCGUGUGAGCGCUCCCGGCGGCGCAGCUCGCCGACUAGCCGGCGGCGCUGCGCCAGCGGGCCGCGGCCUGCGCGCGGGCGGCGCAGGCUGCAUGCAUGCUGGCUGCGCGCGCGGCAGCGCGGACCCCCGCGGCAGCCCCGAUAGAUAGCCGCCUGGAGCCCCCGGCGCAGCAAA